CGUCGAAUGCCUCUAGGAAAUGAUGUUAGCGGUACAGAAAAGAAAGGCCCAACAGAAGAAGUUGAUGAUGAAUUUGUUUGUGACUCUGAUGAGCUACUUCCUUUUUACACAUACAGGGAUUUAUAUCUUCGUCCAAUUCAUAAAGUUAGAAUACAGGUGGAUCUUCCUAAGCUACGACAGUUGGGACAAUCAAUUUCUAAUUGGGAAAUUAGAGAACGAUUAAAGAAAAUGCUUGGAAAAGUUGAGUUAUCCGAUUUCAAAGUGCAAGAAAGUACUCUGGAAGAAGUGGUCUUUGUUGCUACUGUUAAUACUGGCAUCAACGCAAAAACUGCAAUUAGUCUUUUGAAUGGCAUUACCUUCCGAGCUAUUGGCUUCACAGAGCCACUAUCAGUUAAAGCAGAAUGUGCCAAACCCGAUUUUCCAACACGCAUUGAUUGGGAUGCGUUUUUUGCGUCAAACAAAAAUUUGGACGAAAAAGAACCAGGAGAACGGCCAGAUACAGUUUACAUAAGUGGAUUGCCAUUCGACUGGUUCAAGGACCCAAUUGAAGGCUCUACUGAAAACACUUUCAAACAUAUUUUUGCUGAAUAUGGAGAAGUUAUUUGUGUGGACAUUCCUCAAUGCGAUCCAAUACGAAAGGAGAUGGACCAGGAAAUUUCAGGGAUUCAACUUUCUUCUUGGCUACUUGGACAAGAUCCAUUCUUUGAAGUCUAUAUUCAAUUUCGAGAAUACGUUAGUUUUGCACAAGCUAUGGCUUUUCUUGGAGGUAAAAAUUUGGUUCAGAAAAAUCCUAAUGGAGAAAUUCGAGAAGCUAAAAUUAGGGUCGAUUUUGAUCGGACAUCUCAUUUGAGUAUUAGAAAGAUUACACAACGAAAGUUACGUCGAAUGUGCCUUGAAUAUGAGCGAGAUAAGCAAGAACAAAAGAAAAUGGAUGAAAGCAAAAGGCUAGAGGAAAUGAUUAGAGAAGAGAAAGAAAAACGAGAUAGAGACGAACGUGAACGUGUUAUGCGUGCCUUACUUAGGGCUGAGAGAAGACAACGAAUGAGAGAGAAACGAGAUUUUGAACAAUUACUGCGGAAAAAAUUAAAACAUCGACUCACUCAUAAAUUGGAAAAGAUUUGGAAGGAACGUCAAAAAGGAGCAAAAGCACUUCUUCGACAUAUUGCGGAAAUUUAUAGAGAAAAACAACAAUUAGAAAAACAACGUUUAGAGGAACAAAAAGCUUUAGAAGCACCAAUUCAUGAACUAGCAUCUGCCUUUGUUCGUGAACAAGGACUUCCAAUGGAAGAAGAAAUACGUCAAAGAAUAUUACGAAAACAAGAAUUAAAAAUGAGAACAAGAAUAACAAGUCGAAUGAUAAGUGAAUGUGCAGCAGAAACAAAAAGAAAAGGUUAUAAAAGAAGUCAAAUGAAAGUAGUUUUUGAAAGAUGA